AGGCUAAUAGCAAGGUCCCUGGGCAUCUGCAAGCAAACAAACACUCCAUGUGGUCUCCCUCGCCCCAUAAACCUCAUCGAUCGGGACCAAUCGAUGUUCUUCUUCUCCUAUCACACAUUGCUCCCUACCUACAGCUAGAUUCAGUGCACAAUUCCCAACAUCACUCUACUCACUCAGCUUCAGCUAGCGAGCCUGCACGGCCUCUCUCCUUCUGAAAUCCAGCCGCUAGAACAACAGAAAUUCUAAGCUAUAUGUAUGUCUGAAAGCAACCAGUAAAAUAGCUUUUCUACAUACUUCGGAGAAGGCCGGUGUAGAGGAGGAGAAGCAUGUGGGAGUCUGAGAGCGACGCCGGCGAGCGGGGGCUCGUCCCCGUCCUCGGCGGCUCCGACCGGCACGACGCGGUCAAGAGCGACGGCUUCGUUCGCAGAGAUCAGUGUUGGUAUGUCAACAGUGAUAUCCCCAGCGAUUUGCUUGUCAAAGUGGGGGAUGUGAGCUUCAAUCUUCACAAGUACCCGAUGAUCUCCCGGAGCGGCAAGAUGGGCCGCGUCAUUUACGAGUCCGCCUCGCCGGCGGCGGCCGUGGACCCGGACACGUCGGUGGCCGACCUGGACGACCUCCCCGGCGGCGCGGACUCGUUCGAGCUCGCCGCCAGGUUCUGCUACGGCAUGGCGGUGGACCUCACGGCGUCCAACAUCUCCGGCCUGCGCUGCGCCGCCGAGUACCUGGAGAUGACGGAGGACCUGGAGGAGGGGAACCUCAUCUUCAAGACGGAGGCGUUCCUCAGCUACGUGGUGCUCUCCUCGUGGCGCGACUCCAUCGUGGUGCUCAAGAGCUGCGAGGGCCUCUCGCCGUGGGCGGAGAACCUGCAGAUCGUGCGACGGUGCAGCGAGUCCAUCGCGUGGAAGGCCUGCGCCAAUCCAAGGGGAGUCCGGUGGGCGUACACCGGCGCCAGCAGCGGCAGGCCACCCAGGAGCGGAGGCGGCACGGCGAGCCCACGGUGGAACGUUGGCGGAGGGGACUCCAAGGAGUCGAGCCCCAGCCGGCAGGCAGUGCCGCCGGCGGACUGGUGGUUCGAGGACGUGUCCGUGCUCAGGAUCGACCACUUCGUGCGAGUCGUCACUGCGAUCAAGGUCAAAGGUAUGCGGUUCGACCUGAUCGGCGCGUCGAUCACCCACUACGCGUCGAAAUGGCUCCCGGGGCUCACCAAGGACGUCGCCAAUGGUGGCGGCGGUGGCGUUGCCGACGAGCCAUGGGCGCAGGUCUCCGCGGGUGGCGGCCUCCACAUGAUCAUCGCGGGCGCGGGCGCGGGCGGCAAGGACGACGCGGCCACGAGCGCGCCGGCGCGGGAGCAGCGCAUGGUGGUGGAGAGCCUGAUCAGCAUCAUACCCCCGCAGCGUGACAGCGUGUCCUGCGGCUUCCUCCUCCGCCUGCUCCGCCUCGCCAUCAUGCUCAAGGCCGCCCCGGCCCUCGUCACGGAGCUCGAGAAGCGCGUCGGAAUGCAGCUCGAGCAGGCGGCGCUUCCCGACCUCCUCAUCCCGUCCGUCGGCCGCGCCGACACCGCCUACGACGUCGACCUCGUGCAGCGGCUCGUGGAGCACUUCCUGGUGCAGGAGCAGACGGACCAGGUGUCGUCGUCCAGCCCGGGCCGCGGGGAGCCAGAGUACUACAGCUCCGCCGCGAGCGCGAGGAUGCCGCCGGCCGGCGCGGCUUCGGCGUCGGCGUCGUCGGGGCUGAACGCCAAGGCGCGCGUCGCGCGGCUUCUGGACAGCUACCUCUCGGAGGUGUCCCGCGACCGCAACCUCUCCCUGACCAAGUUCCAGGUGUUGGCCGAGUCGCUCCCGGAGUCUGCGCGCGCCUGCGACGACGGGCUGUACCGCGCCGUGGACUCGUACCUGAAGGCGCACCCGACGCUGACGGAGCACGAGCGGAAGCGGCUGUGCCGGGUGAUGGACUGCCAGAAGCUGUCGUUCGACGCGUGCAUGCACGCGGCGCAGAACGAGCGGCUGCCGCUGCGGGUGGUGGUGCAGGUGCUCUUCUCCGAGCAGGUCAAGAUCAGCAACGCGCUGGCGGGGUCCUCGGCGCUCAAGGCCGGAGGGGCGGACGGGCCGCUGGCCUCUUCCUCCGUGCCGACGCGGCGGCAGCUGCUGGACGCCACGCCGCAGUCGUUCCAGGAGGGGUGGGCGGCGGCCAAGAAGGACAUCAACACGCUCAAGUUCGAGCUGGAGAGCAUGAAGGCCAAGUACCUGGAGCUGCAGCACGACAUGGACGCGCUCCAGAAGCAGGUGGAGCCGUCGCCGGCAGCAGCCGGCCCCGGCGCAAAGAUGGGCGGCGGCAAGGCGCAGCAGCCGCAGGGACCAUCGGCGUGGAGCAAUGGGUGGAAGAAGCUGGGGAGGCUGACCAAGAUGACGGGCGCCGAGGCGGCGGGGCCGGGUGGCCACGUAGGAGCUAACGGCGAGGCGGCCAGGAAGGCGCAGCGGAGGUGGAGGAACUCCAUCUCGUGAUCGGUCGAGCUUCAUGACAAGGAAUAGAUGGCUAGAUUUCACGAAGAUUCAGGCGAUCGGGCCUAAUUAGGAUGGAGAUGUUGUUGAUGGAGUUUUGCUUUUGAUUUACAUUCGUGUAUACACUACUCUAGGAGACGGAUAUGAUCAUUUGUACCAAUGUAUUGUGUUGCAUUGCUCGUGAGGAUUACGUUGGGAGAUCAGUCGUGAAGAUUUGUUUGCUUGCGGACUACUCUAGUAAUUGAUUUUUUUAAGGCUGAUCAAUGGAUUUCCACUUUGUAUAUUUGUUAAA